CCAACCGAGGCUGGCCAACACUUGGAUUCAAACGCUCGGUCGCGCAGGUUGUGUGGUGUGUUGUUGUAGAGUUUUCAUUCAAGUCAGUCUCAAGUAUUCAGAAGUUCUCUACUUUGCUCAGAAGAAGUACAAAAAAAAAUAUCCGCCGACAACGUAGAGUUUCCGCCUUAGCGAAAAGCGAGUGUGAAUAGAUACCUAUCGUUUUGCUGCGUUUUUAUUGAUCCAUCAAGAAUCAACGCGCGUUCGCGUCGAUCGGGUGCUUAAGGUGGAUAGAUCACAACCGUGUCGACGUCCAAGGCGAUCGAGGUUUUUGUUUUUAAGUGCUUUCUGCCGAUUGAUCUAUACCUACAAAACACAACACCUGAGGUAUAUAUCUCACCGUUGAAAGGAGGGAAUCCGAAUUUGCUACUGCUAGCUAUUGAAAACGCGACGUGUGUGUUUUGUAAGGCGCGUCGAGGUUUUAUAAUCGAAUUGGCCAACGUGUUAACAGUUUGAGCUUGUUGUAAAGUCGGAAUCGAUUAGAGCGCAUUUUGGUGCACAGUUCGGGAGGAAAUUGGCAGUUUUGUACAUGAGAUUAUACCUGCGAUCUAGCGAGUUUGAAAUAUAACGAUCCUACUAAACAAAGUGCUGGGUGUGAAGCUACGACGAGUGCUAUCAUUAUUGACGACGAAGGCCUGAAAGAUCAUUCGACGUGUAUCGACCAACAGUUUUUGCUCAAGGAGAACCUGUGUGACACUUGAGAGCGCUUUAGGUGGUUUAGCUACGGACAACCCUGACCCUUAAACGUCAGAAAAGCUCAGCGAGUGUUCUUCGUAAAGAAGCCCUGCGGAACACAAGUGCUACUAGUGCAAUAUCUAUCUGUUGGCAAGCAAACCCUCAACACAAUAGCAGCAAUCAUGAACGGAUACGCCGAUCUGACGAGCAACCUAGAAAACAGCCGGAAUUGCCUCCGGAGGAUCGCCCGGCACGACGAUCAGGAAUUCUCGAACCAGAGCAUCCUCAACGCCAUGGAGAAGUUUGUCAAGACAGUCAAUGCCAUGGACGAAACGAUACUGGUUCCGUGCCGAUUGAUGGAUCGGAAGGUGGGCGACGCAACCGACACCAUCUCGGCAGAUCAACAGAAGCAACACACAGCGCUGCAUCACAACAAGAAGCCAAACGGCAAACAGUCCGUCCGGGAUGUGCUGAAUACGUCGGACCUCUUCAAACUGUACAACAUGCUUAACGUCGUCAAGGUGGAUUUGCUCUGGGGUCGACAGGAUUCGGACGAGAUCAACGGUGAGUCGAGCGACAGCAUCAGCAGCAGCAGCACAGCGCAACAAACGAUCAAACAGCGAGCACAGUCACAGUCGCAGAAAGACAGCUCACCGGGUCCGGUGGCCAGCAGUCCCGAGUCUCUGAACAACAACGACACAAGCAUAAAGGGACACGUGCGGCGUCCAAGCACCGUAUCCGUGUCAUCCUCGAACAGUGUCAGCACUUUGAGCGAUUCGGAAAGCGAAAUCAGUGCCGAAAACGAUUCAGGAAUCGAAUCCGAGAGUAACGCAGACCAGGACAAGAGCACAGAGCUGGCCAAACAGUUCCGGACACACCUGCUAGGUCUGUACCGAUCACUGGAACAGAUGACCGAGGCAGCCAACUACCUAACGGCCAGGUAUCAGAGCGAUGUCGGACCGGUUUAAGCAUUUCUUCGUGGAGGCGAGCUGCUGGCGAUCGCGAUCGACGAUCGAGCAGAUAGGACUGUAUCUAGAGUUAGUUAGAGACGGAGAAAUGUUCCCCCGGUGAUAUACAUUUAUUGCGGAUAAAAUAUGUUUGUGUGAUUGUUUGGUGACCACACGUCAUCGUCGUCUUGAGACAGUAUCGUUUGAAGAUCUCUGGAGAUCGGGCUGUGCCCAGCGAGUCCCCUUUUUGGACGGCAGGUGCUGAGUUAAUCCGGAUUCCAGAUCAUAAGGUACGACGGCAGCCACAACUACCGUCAAUAAAGCAAAAAAUCUCCUGGGAUGGAAUCAGCACGGGCAGUGGCCAGAUGAUAUUUGUCGAAAAUAUCGUACGAGCGUCAUGUCAUCUGUAUGCGUGUGGAGGGAGAGCUUGUGCUGAGCGCGUAGCAUCUAAGAUAGAAAUGUUGAGCUUAACUAUUGGUCAACUACUUUAAUUUCUUGGUUUUCGUAAAGGUUUUCGUUUCGUGUACUCUUUGCGCUGAGCGUGCAAUUAGUCAAUCGGUUUAGUGAAGUAAGUUCUACAUAGAGGCAACACGAUGAUAGAGGACGACACCAGUCAGUCAACAAGAGUGAUCGCGAAUCUUUUUUGAUCUGUUGUAUGGUUGAUCUCUCGAUGAGUGAUGUGUAUGUAUCUCGGUGAUUGAUUCUGUUCCAUUCAACAACCAAAACAGCGACAAAAACACACAACCCCAACCUCAUCAACAUACAAACACGUUAAGAUUCAUCAAUACAAACAGAAAAUGAUAGAUCCGGGCUUAAGCAAUUUAAAGGAGAUCGUGUUUGAGAAUCGUUCACCUCACACGCCAUGCCACAACACGUGGAUUCUCAGCUGGAACCGUACAUUUGCCUCAUAACAAAUAUUGUGCGAAACCUCAACUAAGUAUACAUAGAGUAUCCUAUUAUUUUCAAUCCUUGAAUCUGUAGCAAAAAUAUUGAAAUAUGUAAAGGAUAGUGCAACAAAACAAAAGUGUCGAGAGAAUACGCUGCGAAAGUGAAACGAAUGGAAAAAUAACUGUAGAACCCUUGAUAAAAUAUGGAAGUAGAUAUUUAAUUGAUGAAGAAAAAUAAAACACAAGAUUAAUCUAAUAAUGAUAUAUGGAUACAAACCAAUGGUGUAGAAGAUUAUUUAUUGUAAAACAAUGGACAAAACGACAUUUAUCUCUGAAAGUCGCGGUUUAUGUUUGCUCGUAUUCUUUUGGUAAUAUCUUUAAUCAUUUUUUUUCUAUUUUGUUUUCGUGUGUUUGUGUGUUAGUUCUGCUUUCUAUUGUUUCCGCGGCAGGGUAUUCGUGUGAGUAUGCGUUUUCUAAAGAAAAACGUCCUAAUCAUAUGGAAAAAUGUAUAAACAAAAUCAAACUAAAACUACUGAAUCACUUUUCACAAGAAGCAAUCAGGAUCAAUAAUAACACAAUAGUCUGUGGAACGAUGCGUUCCUGUAUGAGUAGAAGGAGAGGGAAGAGCGUGAGCGUGCGGAUGUGAGGAAAAGAAACUGAGAUCGGUUUUGAGAUUAAUCAUGUGACACUAAUUUCGAUUACCCGGCAAAUCUGGGAAAAGGUUUAAGAUUGAAAACAAAAAAAUCCGAAUCAGGAAGUGCCAGCUUAGCAAGAAGACUCUAGGACUUACACUCUAAAUUAGGCAAGCUUUAGAAUAUGCUACAAAGAAACAAAAACCACUCACACGAAAGAAGGAUUUAGAGAAGGGGAAAGAGCUGACGGUUGAGGGACAACAAAACAGUGAUAUAGUUGAAGCAUGUUAUCUCGCGAAGAGAAAAUUAAGGAAGAGGCGCAUAACUGUAAGAUAUUUUUCUGUUUCUCGCCGACAUUAGUUUGAAUCCAAAUUCUGUAUAUAUUUGUUCCAAGAUUUGUUUACAAAAUACCAAAAACACAAGAAAGAGCAUAGCUGAGGAUGGUUUGACUUGAACUGAUGCAGGUACUCCGGAGAUUGACUCUUGCGAUGAUGAUGAUUUACUCAUUGAAAUCGCAUACGACAUAUGCACGUGGAAGUUGACGAUGGCUUUUGAGGGAUUGGCUCUUUCGUGCUGGACUGGACAAACAUUGUGUUCACAUCGAACGGAAUUGGUUGACAGACAGCGAGCGAUUGCGCAAUGCUUGUUGAAGUUGAAAGAUGCUGAUGCGGUGUUGCGAUCAUUAAUCAAAAAGCCGAUUGAACAACUGCAUAAUGUGAAGGCUUUUUAAACUUGGAGAUGCUGUUACCUGCUGGCUGACGAACGAUGUUUAUGCGCAAAUAGCCAACAGAGGAGUCAGUGAAGUUAGUAUGUGCAUGUACUCCAACGUACUUUCUGUGGGUUACUUCUUCAAAAGGUUACAUCCGAAGCAAAGGUUUCUCUUUUCUUUUACGUACUGCAAUAUUUCUGUUACACUACUGCUCUCGCAGUCCAUAAAGCGAAGGGCUAUUCAAUGAUGUUAAAAGUUCAAACAUUGAGAGGUUGAAUGUUGCACAACUUUUAAUCAAUUUGCCAGUGAGCAGGGUCUUUAUUUUUGAUAAUUUUUUCCGUUUGGUUCACAUUCCAGUGUAAAAUUGUUCUAAACUGUAACAGGAACGCUUAACACGUGCAAUCUAUCUUGUAAUUUCGAACUGGGAAACCCAUUACAAUUUUGCGAUUCAUUUCGACCUUUUAGGUUUUCCAUUUUUGGCUCAAAAGACCGGAAGCUAAAUUUUAAUUAAAACUAAAAUCCACCAGAAAACCAUAUACGUUUCCAUCGUUCCGUUUUAAAAAGCGUAUAGUAAUCUCUGGCAACUGGAAAAAUCUUCCACCAGUCGCUGUGAGAGUGCGCUUUGUUAGACGACUAAAUGGCAGGAAUUCGAGCUUGGCAUAAGAUCUACCAAGUCAUGCGCAGUUUCAUUCGCAUAACUUCCUCUUGGCAUCGGUGCACGCUAAUUUGCAGCAAGGUUCAUUUUUUUCGAACCUUCCUUCCAUUAGCUUGUUGUAGAGCUUUGCUCGAUCGCUAGUGAUUGAAAGUAUGAUGGAUGAGUUUUUAUUUUGGAUUUGGUGUUCAACAAAUUUCAGCACACAUUAGACAAAAGCGUGAACCAUAAAAGCUGGUCUAUUUGUCAAUAAAAUUGAUUGCGACUGGCUUUAAAACUAAUCAAAUUUUAACUUGUGAUAAACUGUUUCACGUUUGAAAAAAAAUCUUUCAAGAUUUUUGCAUCAAAUUUCCUGAAUCGAGCAAUCUUUCGCUUCUAGGCAUCAAUUCAAACCGGUAGUUAAGUCUGAAUUUGCUUUCUCAUCAUUUGCUCAAUUUAGUUUUAAUUUCUAGAUCCUUAAGACAUUCAAAAAGACUAGCCGAUGCUUAUGCGUAAAGUUUGGCUGAUUCAGGCUUCAAAACGUUUUUCUUCUUCUCUCUUAAAAUUAAAAUCUCCAAGAUUGCAUUUUUUAUGAGUAUCAUUACAGUAUGAUGUUUCCACGUGGGGUUGCUUCAAAAAAGUUUUCGCUGAACAAAUAUUACUGAGAAUUUCGGUUUUAAAAAUAUCUGCAAAAUCAAUGAAAUUAUUGAAAACUUAAAUCAACACAGCUAUCGCCAUCCAAAGACAGCCAUUAACAGUUUCAUGCUUUGUGAAAAAUACACGCGACUCCAAUAAAUACAGAAUCAUUCCGUUAAGUUUAGAUAUCCGUUAUUUCGACAGAAACAAGCUGUAGAUAGAGAGCAGAAGAGUAAGAUUUUUAGCUCGCUUUAGGCACACUACUUCGUUGUUUAAGGAAGGUAAAUCAAGCAAAAACUCAUUUAGGAAAAUAGACCCAAAGGUGCUUCUUUAAUUUGUUCUUUCUCUCAUACCUCAAUGUUGGUAAAUUAAAAAAAAAUACUAUAAAAUAAACCCUAAUCAAGAACUCGAGUGCAGCAAAAGACUAACUAACAAAUGCCGUCUGAGAAAUUGACACUUGAUAAACGAAACUCAAGUUUCAACUGAUUUCAAAACGAAAGAAAACAAUAGAAACAAAAAACCAACCAAACUACUGAAAACACACACAUUUGUAAACUGUGAAGAUGAAGAGACAUGCAUCCAAAAAGAAGAAAUGAGAGAAACAAUAUACCAACCCCCCUAAAAGUGAUUAGAGAAAAUGUUAAAACAAAUUGUAUAUUUCAGUAAUAAAAACAAAGUUUUCAAAAAUACACAA